UAUAAAGCUCUCAAAGAUGGCUGAAUUACAUCACUGGAUUUUAUUUUCUUCUUUUUUAAUAAUUGGUUUAAAUGCAGAUUGCCAAAAUGAACCUUCAAAUUUAAAUGUUGAUGUUGAAUCAUCAUGGAUCCAGGUAUCUUGGAGUCCACCUCUUGAACCUUGUGGUACUUUUGAUGGCUAUCGAAUUUCACUUGAUGGACCACUUGAUAAACCACUUAAUUUUUCAUCAUUUGAUAUAGCAGCUACGACAGCUAAUAAUAAUCAUUCAUGGACAUUUAAAGAUCUCAAACCAGGAAGAAAAUACGUUGUAACAAUUGCAACACUUAAAAAUAAUAAAACUGGUAUUGCAGCUUAUCAAAGUUUUACUGUUAAGCCACUUCCAGUUGAAGAAAUUAAAACAUCUAUUGAUGAUAAUACUGGAUGGCUUAUUGUAUCUUGGAAAACCAAUAAUAAAAGUAUUCAAAAUAUGUGUAAAUUAACAUACCACAAGGUAAAUGAUAUUGACAAAAAUAAUACUCUUGUAACAAAUGGAAAUAAUGUUACAAUCAGAGAUCUAAUUACUGGAAAAAAUUAUACAAUUAUUGUACAAUCAAUUAGUGAUAGUGUUGAGUCAGAAAAAUCAAUUAUUUAUCAAUUUAUUGAUCCAGCUAAUUUUGUAAAUAAUCAGCAGUUAUUGGCAAUUGAUAAAAUAACAAAGAAAGAAAAAUUGAUUAAACAAAUAAAGGAUAUUGUAAAAAAAAGUAGAGAACAAAUGUCUCAAAAAAAAAUUAAAUUGAUACAAGAUAUUGAUGUUGUUGGUCCACCUCUUAAAUAUAAUUGGACACAAAAAAGUAUAGAUCAAGGAAAAAGUUCUAGCUGUUCAGAUAAAUCACGUUUUGAAUUUACAUUUGCUGAAGAAGAAACAAUUAAAACAUAUAGAAAAUGUUACAAAGAUAAUACAAAUCGUGUUAUUAAAUUGGAGGAGGAGAAACUGUCGGAUCAACAAUUUUUAGAGCAGAACCAUGACAUUGCCAUGAAUAUUUUUAAUAAAAGCCUGGAAUUUAUUAAAAAUAAAUUUACAAAUUGUUUUGCAGAUGCCAAAUUUAUACUUGAAAAUUUUUAUAAAUAUGAAAAUGAAAAUUUUAAAAAAUGUUUAAACACAACGUCAUAAAUAAAAAUUAUUUCAAAUAGUUUUUGACACAUUUUUAACUGGAUAAAUAAAUAAAUUUAUUGAAUAUUAUUUAUUAACUUUAAAUAUUUAUACAAUUUUCAACACUAUUUACAUGAACAAAAGGAAAUAGAAAAAUUUAUUGCUUAAUAUUCUUUGUAUUUGAAGAUAACAAAAUAUUAUUUUUAAAUGUAAAAAAAACAGCUAAAAAAACAAAUAAUAAUAGACAAAAAGAUAAAAAAAAAAAAAAAAUGUAAAA